CUUGCCUAGGUAGAGAAUAGGGGAAGGUUUUGCGCGGUGUGGAUCUUGGAAGAAACGUGCGCCGCCUCCACAGCGCGGCUCUUGGCGGGAUCGAAUCCAAGGAGAUUUUGUCCACUUGGGAGCUCAUGAAGAUGGACAUUGGGAGCUCUCAGUCCUGGUGGUGGGAAAGCCAUAAUCGCCCAAAGCACUCAAAGUGGCUCCAGGAAAACUUGGGAGAUGUUGAGGCGAAUGUACAGGCAAUGCUGGUUUUGAUAGAAGGGGAUGCCGACUCGUUUGCUCAGAGAGCGGAGAUGUAUUACAAGAAGAGGCCGGAUCUCUUGAAAGUGGUGGAGCAGUUCUACAGAGGCUAUCGGGCCUUGGCUGAGCGGUAUGACCAACUUACUGGAAGCAUUCGGCAGAUACCAUCCACAAUUCAAUCGCAGUACGGGCUUGUCUCUGAGUCCCCGCGAUCGUCUCCUUUCGGCAAACAGAAGAAGCAAGGAAGUGAUAUUAUUAAGGAAACUUCUUCCACUUUGUUUACCGAUUCCAAUAGCGAGACUGGCGAAUGUGACGGCAACGGGGAUCACUUUGAUAUUUCUAGCGUGGACGAGAAGUCGGUGGAGCAGGGUCAGGACGGGGAGGAAUCCUCGUCGUCCUCAUCGUGUUCUGAUGGGGAGGCUGAUGGUGCAAGUCUGGCGAUUCAGAAGUUACAGGAAGCUUUGGAGAGGUCUCAGGCAGAGAACAAGAGACUCAGCGAGAAGGCCAGGGAGAAGCUGCAGCAACAUCGUGAGACUGAGAAACGACUGCACGGGUUCAGAGAAGAUUUUCUCAGGGUGCAGAAGGAAAACAAUACGCUGAAAGCCGAGCUGGAGCAGCUGACGAAGAAGCUGGAGGGAGAGGUUCAGGAGCUUUGCGCCGAGAAAGAGACUUUGCAACACAACCUCCGGGAGCUGGAGGAGAAGUAUUCUUCACUUGACGAGAAGUCAUCCCUGACUUCUUCGUCAAUGCAGAAAGAGAUUGCCUUCUUACAGGAAGAGAAUGGGAAGCUGCAAGUUCUGAUGGAGGAGCAAGAGGAAAAGCAGAGAGAACUUACAGCUGGUCUGAGGUUUAUGAAGGGCACAGCCACGAGUCUGCUGGCCAAGAACAAAUCCUUGAUCGAACAGGUAUUCAGCCUGGCCGAAAACGACGAAGCCAAGGAACAUGCUCUGGUUGAGCAAAGAAACGAAGCAUCAAACCUUUCUGAUGAAAUCCAAAGGCUCAAGUGCUUGGCAGAAGACAGGGAAUGGACUGUGUCAAGUCUAAACUCGAAGGUGGCGGAGAUGAACCGGCAGGUGUCUGAGCUAGAGAUGGAAAACCAAAGGCAGAGAGAUGCCAUUGCGGAAAGUGCCGAAGAGAAGAGGGAAGCAAUCAGGCAACUUUGCUUCUCUAUUGACCUGCUCAACAAUCGAAAUCAGUGGCUGGAAGAGUUGGUGUUGUCAGCAAAAGCUAAGAUCAAUGACUACAACGACAAGUUGGCUUUGAGAUCUGCCAGGAGAGGCUGUUUUACGUCCUAAGUGUGUAAAAGGCUGCUUUGGACUUCAGCAAGCGUCCUUCAUAUAGACGCUACUACUUGUAUGGAGAUGCAGCCAAGACAAUCGUUUUGUAUUUGAGUGAGGUAAUAAAGUUUUAUAAUGUUCUUUGUAGCGAGUCUCAGCCGAAAGAGUAAUUUCAUUCCUUUUGCUUGCACACCCAGGCAUUCGGAAUACAUCAGGCAAGUAUUUUUCCUGCC